AUGUCUUUGAUCAAGACGAUUCAUCAAGCUUGCGAAGAUCAUGCAUUAGCCAAGAAUAUCGACCUCUUGAGUAUGGCUCACUUUACGCCGGCGACACAAGCGCUGGAAGGACUCGCAGGGGUCUCUAUCGAGGAUAUUGUCGCGGUUGGCGCGCGUUUGGGCAAUCCAAAGUCGAAGGCAGAAGACUGGGAAGCGCUGGGGUGGCUGCUAUCUCGACCUUGGUUCACGCGAGUUUGGUGCGUGCAAGAAAUCGUUCUAGCCCGUUCUUCAAGAGUCUGCGUCGGCUCUGAAUCCUUAGAUUGGGUCAAGCUGGGAGUUACGGCUGCCUGGUUAAGCGAGCAGCAUCUUGUGAACGACUACGAUGUGCCGGCGGAGAUCGAAGGUAUGCCAUUUGACAACGCGCAUGCCAUGUUCAACACAAGCGACGUGCCAGAGUCUACUUUCUUGGAAAUUCUCAUUGCUUUUCGGGAUCACCAAGCCACCAAUUUGAGGGACAAGGUCUAUGGGCUGUUGGGACUCAUGCGCGCAGAGGACCUCGAGUUUUUCCCUCCUGUAGACUACCGAAAAAGUGUGGCGGAGGUUUACGCCGAUGUUGUCAUUACUGCUGUCAAAGGCAGUAACUCGUUGGCUUCUCUGUGUUAUGUCCAACACGGAAUCGAGUACAACCAGACCGAUGUUCCUUCCUGGGUACCAAGAUGGGAUGUGAGCGGCGACGUUUCAACCAUUCUCGAUAGUCGAUCCCUGACAGCCUGGAAUGAAGGCGACAAGCAUGGUCUUCCAGACCUGACAAACUUCGCUCCAUCAUCGGAAGGCAAGCUAUUCUUGUCUGGUGUCAGGUUCGACACCAUUACUUGGAUAACUCGCGCUCUGGACGUUCAAGACUUCAAGGAGAUAUCCACGGGGUCUGUAGCGUCACCUCAUCCAAUGCUAGAUCUAUGGAACCGAUCUCAAUUCAAAGAUUCGCUCAUGGCCGUGUUGAUGGUGGCACUCACUCUGACUGCUGGAGUUACUGAUGGGUACGAGCGCGUCGAAGAGCUCGAAUCAUCUGACGACCGUGAACAGUUUCACGCAGACUACCUCACAUACAUACACAACUUACUUGAGAUUUCUGGCCUAGAGUCUCCUACUUUCGAGCCUCUUAACAUCGCGUUGAGUGACGGGAACGCCUCACGAUUCAGAGUCGCAGCGUCCCGCGCUUGCGACCAGCGACGUGUAUUUGAGACAGUAGAGGGGUUCUAUGGACUAGGGCCAGCCUGCGCAAGAGAAGGAGAUGUAGUUGUGAUGUUGUACGGUGGUCCGAUUCCGUUCGUUCUUAGAGAAGUUGACAACGGAUGGUGGCUACUGGGCGACUGUUUCAUCGACCCGCUCAUGCCCGAGGCUGCUGACGACACGAUUAGAGCAAGGUUUGGUGAGGGGGAAGCCUUUAUGCUUGUCUAA